AUGGAAAAUAUAUCAGCUGUUGCAAAAUCUUUGAAUACGUCCUUCUCAGCAUUGCUGUCUUUUUCUUCCCGAACAGAAGGAAUAGCUUUGUGCAGCGCUUUCGUGAUUGAAGCUGUUUUAAUUGUCUUGGGGAACUUGCUAACAAUUGUUCUUUUUGCAUUGAAGAAGAGACUACGCAAGAAAAGUUUGUUUCUGGUUGUAAAUAUGGCGUUUGCAGAUGUCAUGUUAGGAGCUGUGUCCCUUCCCUUUUUUGUCUUCUUGGUCGUCGGUCUUCCAUAUCAAUUAUGAAGUAUAUCCAAUGAUUGUAUUCGCCUUAUGUGUCUGCAACAUUGGUAUUUGGCGAAAGUUUCAAAAGAGAAAUGUCGCUUUUUCCCAGGAAAACAGAACUGUCCAAAACCAACGCCUGACUAAAACAUUACUGUUCGUUUCCGCCGGCGCCGUGCUCUAAUGGAUUCCUUUUGUUACUCUAUACCAUUUAAUCACGGUACACGAGGUCUUUUAUCCAUGAAAGUUUUUUAUUUUGCCAUCUUUCUUAAUUAUUCCAACUAUUUUAUGAACCCAAUUGUGUAUGCAUUGUUAAUCCCUGAAUUCAGACAAUCGUCGAUUUUGUUCUGCUCAAAGCGUCAGGUUUUUUUCAUUCAAUGAAUAGCGAAUACAGAGAAGAGAUAUCGUCGUUUCUUAUUUGAAGUCGGCAAAUCCGCUGAGACCUUUUCACACGAUCAUUCACCGCUAGCAUUCAAACAGGAAUCUUCGGACACCAAAUUGUGAUAUUUGGAUGCUUUCUCACUAUGUAUACUGACCGUGAAGGCACUCAAUGCUUGCGAGCAUUUAGUUAAAUGUGAAUGUCAUGAGGUAGAGGUAGCAUUGUGCAGUGGUUCUUCAGCUACUAUUCCUGAUCAAAUUGGAAUUUGGAGAUGUUGAUUUUUGAGGAGAGGGGAAAACCGGAGUACCCAGAGAAAAACCUCUUGGAGUAAGGGAGAGAACCAACAACAAAACUCAAUCCACAAAUUGCGUCGGCGCCAGGAUUUAAACCCGGGCUAGGUUGGUGGGUGACGAGUGCUCUCACCACUGUACCAUCCCUUGCCUGCUCCCCAAUUAAACUAACUUUGGGAACUAAUUUUUGCGUUUACUUAAGACUGGUUUUUCUUGCAGAAAGUUGCGAUUUUCCAUUACUGUUGACCUGACGAUUUUAUUCCACGGUUGAUUAAUUUACAGCUAUUUGCAAAUAUUUAAGUUGAUCAAGUGCAAGUGACUGCCUAGGGAGUGUGCAGAUUGGUUCUUUGACAACAUUCUGACAUGAUCGUAUUGCUUGCAUAGACGAUACAGCAUGUCCCGGCAACAAAACAGCAUUUUGAUAAAUGAGCAUGCGCUGAACCUUGAGCCUGUCCCUUCAAGCCAGCGGCGCUUAUGUCAGCAUUCCUGUUUUUUGUUUAUGGUUAUUAACGACUACAAGUUUUCCACCUCAAACUGGAAUGAACUAUCUUUCUCUGUAAUAAUAAAAUUCAGGAUAUGUCCUUAAUAGCUGAAUUUCAGGCGGUCGUCUAUUCUGUAUUAAUCAUUAGAAACUUUCUCUAUUGUAGUGCGUAAAUUGUUGUCCCGGGGUUUUUUUCUUAGUACUUACUUUUGCCAGGUCUUACUAAAUUCGUUUAUUUUGCCUGUAGCAGCUUGUUGAUGGUUUUUGAUACUGUUUUUCGUGCAUGUUUCUUGACUCUUCUCGGCAGUUACUACGUGCUUGCUCUUGUGUGUGAGAUGACUAAAGGUUGCUGGAUUAAUUUGCUAUGCUAUUCUGAUAACCAAAAAAAACUUGAUGGCGCGCCAAGAAUUCCCCGUCGCCUUGUCAAUUUACUGAGGUCCGUUUUAAAUGUCAAUCUUCACAUUGCUGAUUGUGGUGCUAAUAAAGGAAAUCUAUUCUUCUCAAUCUAUUGCAUCCGACUCAGCACAUGUGAAGAUGAAUAUUUAAAACAGGCCUCAGAACUGAAGUUUAGCAUUAUCGAUUAUCAGAAAGGUUUGAAUUCCGUCAUCUAAUUAGUGUAAGGUAUUUUUUUGGCAUUACGGGUGACAUCAGAUCCCAACUUCGGUUCACGUCGCAUAACUGCUUCAUUAAAAAAAAAAACUUAGAUAGUUUAAUCCUGCUUUUUUUCGUUUUACUUCAAUAUCCUUUUGUGUGACACAACCUUAGCCACAUUCACACAUUUGAGACUUUCGGAUGUCAACCGUUUUCAAAAUACUCCCUUCCCCCGCCCCCCAACCCCACCACUACAAAAAAUGUGCAUGUGUUCAAGAAAAAACUUAUGGCCACUUUAGUUUUGCCAAGGUUUGAUUACCGUAACGGUUACAGCUGUUGAUGCUUAUCAAAAAAGGUACAUAUUUGAACACAAUUUUAGAUACCAGUUAUUUGGCUGUUCCUUCUUGAUUGGUUAAAAUGGAUCUUGGUGUGCAAUAUAUGCCAACACUAAAGAUAUAUCCGUAUAUCAUGUUUACAUCUAAUGUUUGCUUCAGUUUUUCUGCGAAAAACCUCGAAGGAAACUGUAAUAAAUAUAACUCGUUUCGGGUGUUAAACGAGUGUGAUUACGGAAAUGUUUGGAGUUGCAGACUUUUUAUGUCGAUAUUUGGACUUAAAGGCACCCGGAAUCUCCCACCGGCAGUAUUUUAGAGUUUUCUACAGCGAGAAAUCUUUAUAUUGGGCAACAAGCCCUAAAAAUUUAAAACGGUGACUUGUCAUUAAUAUUAAACUUCAGAAUUUAUUGGCGGUCGAAGUUUGUCACAAUAACUCUUCCUGCCGCAUCGGUCAUUACAAACACUACGCCUGUACCAUUUCAUCAUCGACUCGGUUAAGCUCCAAGCAAUGGAAAAUACAUCAGCAAACUUUACCAAUACGUCAUGGUCAGCUAUGUUUUCCCCUUCUUUUCGUGCUGAAGGAAUAGCGUUGUGUAGCGCUUUUAUGCUUGAGGCGGUCUUAAUCGUCAGUGGGAACUUGCUCACAAUUGUUCUCUUUGCCCUGGAGAAGACUCUUCGCAAGAAAAGUUUGUUUUUGGUUGUCAAUAUGGCGUUCGCAGAUAUGAUGUUAGGGGCUGUAUCCGUGCCUUUGUAUAUUUACCUAGGUAUCGGUUUUCAUUAUCAGCUAUGGAACAUCGCCUAUGAUCAUCAAGUACUGUUGUAUUUUUUCCUCCACUUCGAUAACACUUUCUUGCAGGCCUCUCUAAUCUCAGCAGUUUUUAUAUCCUGUGAAAGAUUUUAUGCAGUAUACUGGCCACUCAAGCAUCGGACAUUAUCUAUGAGCGCGUAUGCCAUUGCUAUUACUAUAAUCUGGACACUAGCUAUCAUUGCGACUUCCCUCUACACCAUCAUAAACACAUUCAUUUCCUUGAAAGCUUCUGACCUUGCUUGGGCAAUGGUAAUUUUGAUUUAUUUGUUCAUCUUAUGUGGCUGUAACGUUGGUAUAUGGAGAAAAUUUCAACAGAGAAAUAACGCUUUUUAUCAGCAAAACAGAGACUCCCAAAAUCAACACCUGACUAAAACCUUGCUGUCUGUGUCAGCCGCGGCAGUGAUUUUGUUUCUUCCUCAUGUGGCUCUACAUUACUUAACCUCUGUUUGCGAGCACUCUAUUUCCUUUAAGUUCUUUCAUAUUACAGUCUUUCUUAAUUAUUCCAACUCUUUUGUCAAUCCAGUUGUGUAUGUAUUAAAAAUCCCUGAGUUUAGACAAACGGUGAAUUUCUGUUGUUCAAGAUGUCAGACUGCGUAUUUAAACAAAGGCAUAGAGGGAAGAGAUAACAUCGUUCUGAAUCUGACGUCGGCAACACAGCUAGGAAAAACACAAACUGAUGCUAAAUACAGUCUUCAGCUGACUUUCGAUCAAGACUCUAUGGACACCAAAUUGUGA